AUGACACCAAAGUCUGCUAGAAAAAUUUAUGGCUUUGACAACUGCUGCCCACUCUCAUCCGCUACACGAAUGCCACGUUUAGGAGGAAGAACAAAUUUUCUCCUCCCCAAACAGCCACUUAUAUAGCAUCUUUGAUCUAGUAUGUUACACAUUACAUAUGCAGUCUUAUAUGUUAAAAAUGCAGAGGGUUUUGGGUAAGCCUUUCCUUCGGUUGUUGAUACUACUCUUGCUUCAUAUCCAUGAAUACAGAUGCUGCAUCGAAGAAGAGAGGAGGGGUCUAAUUGAAAUUAAAGCCUUUCUAAAAUCCAACAACGAGAAUGCGAAUCGUCUUCUCCCUUCAUGGGUCGAUGACGAGAUGAGUGACUGCUGUGGGUGGGAGCGAGUGGGUUGCGAUCCAAGCACAGGCCAUGUGACAGAGCUCUCCCUCAACGACUUGAGGAAAAACGCCCGUUUGGAGAUGUUUCGAGGGUACAAUGAAGGGCAUUGGCAACUGUAUUACGAAGACGACAAAUUUUGGUUAUUGAAUGUCUCCUUGUUUCUUUCUUUCAAAGAGCUUCGAAGUCUGGAUUUAGCUGCCAACUCAUUCGAUGGCUGGACUGGGGAUGAGGGGUUUGAAAGGCUGUCAAGCUUGAAGUUGGAGACUUUGAACAUCAGUGCUAAUGAGUUUAACAAAACCAUCAUGAAAUCUUUGGGUGCAAUAACAUCGAUUAAGACUCUGGCUCUUAGCAAAAUAAAUUUGGAUGGAUCAUAUCAUAUUCAAGAGUUAGCAAAAUUGAAACAUUUGGAAAUGUUGGAUAUGAGUGACAAUCUUUUAGGGGGCUCCCCAUCAAUGCAAGGUUUUCAAGGGUUAUUUAUAUUGAAAAACUUGACGAUGCUAGACCUCAACAAUAAUUUGCUACACCAAGAUGACCUAUCAUUUUUGAGUGCGCUUAAAUCACUUGAGACUCUAAGUCUUCGCUCAAACAGAUUGGGGCCACACUUUCCCAUCAAUGAAUUAUCUGCUCUCGAGAACCUAAAAAUGUUGGAUCUUAGUCUUACUGGACUUGGAUAUUCCUUAACACUUCAAGGUUCUCAACUUUUGUCACGGUUGAAAAAGUUGGAGACCUUAGACCUUAGUUUGAAUAUCCAGUUGAGCAAUGCCAUCAUUCGACAAUUGAGUGCACUCAAAUCCCUUAAAAACCUUAUUCUAAGUGACUAUAAUUAUGAAGGACCCUUUCCUGCACAAGAACUAUCUGUCUUGGAAAACUUGGUGAUGUUGGACUUAAGUGCAAAUGGAUUCAGCGGCUCCUUAACAAUGCAAGAUUCGAAAAGUUUGUUGAAGUUGAGCAAACUAGAGCACUUAGAUCUAUCCUUGAACAAUUUUGACAUGGAUAUCUUGAAGACUUUGGGUUCCCUCCCGGCCCUUAAAUCUUUAUCUCUUGCCCGCAACCACAUGGAAGGAAUGCUUUCUGACCAAGACUUCAAAACGUUCAGCAACUUGGAGAAAUUAGAAUUGUGGGCAAACAAUUUCACUGGAACUGUUCCUCCAUCUAUAUGGAAAUUGUCUUCUCUCAAGUCUUUGUCAUUGGCUCAGAAUAAUCUCAGUGGACCCAUUCAAGGCUUGUGUGAACUGAAGAACCUUGAAGAGUUAGACCUUAGUCAAAACACCUUUGAAGGGGUCCUUCCUUCAUGUUUACACAAUCUGACAUCUCUGAGACUGUUAGAUCUUAGUUAUAAUCGUUUCAAGGGCUCAUUCUCUUUCAGUUCAUUGGCUAAUCACUCAAAGCUCGAAGUAGUUUCCCUUGCAAGUGAUAACAACAAAUUUGAGGUAGAGACUGAAUAUCCAAAUUGGGUUCCCAUGUUUCAGUUGAAGAUCCUUGUAUUGUCCAAAUGCAACCUAAAUAAGUUCACUGGUUCUAUUCCUAAGUUUCUUCAGAGCCAAUCCAAAUUAGUAGUACUUGAUCUCUCCCACAAUAACUUGAAAGGAAGGUUUCCCAGCUGGUUGUUGGAGAACAAUUCAGGGUUAAAGAUUCUGAAGCUAAGGAAUAACUCUUUGAUGGGUCAAAUUCAUGUAACACCAUAUCCGAAUAUAAAUUUUCUUUGGAUGGAUGUCUCAGACAACCAGCUUGACGGGAAGUUUCAAGAAAACUUAGCAGAGAUGGUUCCUCACUUGAAUCAUCUGAAUUUAUCCAAUAAUGUUCUUGAAGGUGAUAUUCCAUCCUCAAUUGGUGAAAUGAUGCACUUAUAUCAAUUGGAUCUGUCCUCAAAUCAUUUCUCGGGAGAAUUGCCAAAGGAAUUGGUUUCGGGUUGCAUCAGUUUGUUGUAUGUCUUGAAAUUAUCAAACAACAAGUUUCAUGGUCAACUAUUUUCAAGACAUUUCAACUUGAGUUUACUAUCUUUGCAUGCGGACAAUAAUGAGUUCACGGGAACCCUAUCAGAUGUAAUCUCCAGAAGCCCGAAAUUGAGUCUCUUAGAUGUUAGUAACAACUACAUGUCUGGUGAGAUCCCAAGCUGGAUAGGCAACAUGACAAGAUUGAGAACACUGGUUCUGCACAACAAUUUUUUCAGAGGGCAAUUUCCAUGUGAGCUAGUUUUAUCUGGCUUUUUUGACGUCUCCUACAAUGCUCUAUCAGGAUCUCUUCCUUCCUGCAAUAAUCUACAACACUUAGAGCAUGUACAUUUGCAAGGUAACAGACUUACAGGAUCAUUACCAGACAAUUUUUUCAAUUCCUCAUCUCUAUUGACCUUGGACAUUCGAUAUAACAACUUGUCUGGAAGCAUUCCUGAUUCAAUCGCCGCACUUCCCAACCUAAGGAUUCUUCUGCUCAGAGGAAACCAUUUAAGUGGUUUUAUUCCAGAACAGUUUUGUCUAUUAACUAAAAUAAGCUUGAUGGAUCUUUCCAAAAACUCUUUUUCUGGAUCAAUCCCCACCUGCUUCCAUCUUAUAAACUUCGGGGAAAUAGAGGAAAAUAGUCAUGUGUUUGCACAAGGAAUAGCUUAUCCGUCUUAUGGCCUUAUGGUUUAUAUAGACAAUGAUUAUAAGAAAGCUGGUUACGGCAUCCGAGAGGAUGAGGGAUAUGAUGAACAAGUUGAAGUUGAGUUCAUUACAAAGAACAGACCUAGCUCCUAUAAAGGUGACAUCCUUAAUUUCAUGUCUGGAUUAGAUCUAUCAUUGAACAAUCUAUCAGGUGAAAUCCCAUAUGAACUAGGAAAGCUAAGUUCAAUUCAUGCAUUGAACUUGUCUCACAAUUGGUUGACAGGCUCCAUCCCAAAAAGUUUCUCAAACCUUGCUCAACUAGAGAGCUUAGAUCUUUCUUACAACAAUUUGAGCGGAGAGAUUCCUUCAGAACUGAUUGGUCUAAACUUUUUAGCAGUGUUCUCUGUGGCUUACAACAACUUGACUGGUAGAACUCCAGAUAUGAAAGCACAGUUCGGAACUUUUGGAGAGACUAGUUAUGAUGGCAAUCCUCUUCUUUGUGGGCCACUGUUAAAAAGAAAAUGCAACAGUAUUGUGGAGCCACCCUACUCGUCACCAACUUCAUCGAAUGAAAGUGAAGAGAAAUGGUAUGAAAAUGGCCCAGUAGUUUUUUCUGCAAGUUUUGCUGGAGCAUACAUCGUGAUCUUGUUGGGAUUUGCUACUGUUCUUUAUAUUAACCCUUAUUGGCGCCGAAGGUGGUUCAAUUUCAUCGAGGAAUGUAUAUAUUCAUGCUAUGAUUUUGCUUCUGAUUUGUUCUACAAGCUGUCAGCUCGCUUAUAUACUUAAGUCACUAUAUUGCUUCCAAUACUCUGAAGCUAUCAGCUAGUUUGGUUAUUCAGCUAUUUUUAGUAUCCAGUUCCAUGGACAUAAAUUCAGAAACUAUAGUUAUAACAAUCAACAACUAGCUUCCAGCUGCUUAUGUAUAAUAACAGUUACUAGCUUUGUUUUCUUCGUCAUUAUUCUGUUAAUGACAAAACUUCAUCAAGUAGCUUGGCGUUUGAAGAUUGAUACUGGCUCGGGGAACACGCGUGGUAGAUAAGGUAGAAACCUGCCGUCUAUCCCCCCUCCCCCUCCGCCCCUCAAGCUUAUAGGUCUUGGAACAAUAGAAAGCUUCGUGCAAAAGCCCAAGAACUAGGAGCUUGGCAAAUGUUUGGUGAAGGAUAUCUACGAUUUGGGCAACAGAUGGAAUAUAGUGAAUAAGCAUAUCUUUCUUUAAGACUUUAUCUCAAAUAAAGUGAAGAUCAAGUUUAAUAUGUUUCAACCAAGCAUGGAACACAGGAUUAGAUGCAAAAUAGGCAGUAUUCUGAUCAUCACACCAAACCAAGGGAGGAGCAGACUGAGGAAUGCAAAGUUCUUUGAGAACUAAUUAAAUCCAGUGUCUCAAUUAUAACAAAGGCUAAUCCUUGAUGCUUAGAUUCGACAUUACUCCAUGAGACCAUUAGUUGUUUAGUAAAUGACCAAGAUAUUAAGUUGGAGCCAAGAAACACAUAGCAACCACCCAUGCUCUUGAGAUCAUUAGGGCAAGAAGCCCAAUCAACAUCAGUAUAGGCUUGAAGAUCAAUAGAGGAAGAUGACUGCAACUAUAAGCCAUGAGCGUUGAGUAGUGGAGUAUUCUCUUUAAAGUCAAUGUGUAGUUGUUGGUUUGGCCAUGAGCUGACAAGCCUUGUUAAUAGCAAGAAAAAGAUCAAGUCAGGUGAUGGUCACACGUUGGAGUCCACCAACUAUGAUGUGAUACAAGGUUGCAUCAAAGGCUCACCAUCAUACUAGGACAAUGUCUUGCUUAAAGCUUCAGGGUGUUAAUAAGUUCUGAUACAAGCAUCUCCGUGCGAGUCAAAAGAUCAUAUAUAUACUUUUGUUGAUUUAAAUGCAAUGUGUUAGCAAAGAAACCUCCACACCAAGAAAGUAAUUAAACUAACCAAGAUCUCUAAGGGCAAAAAAGGCAUUGAGAGAAGCAAUGUGUGAAGAAACCUGAGAGGAAUUACAACUUAUGACCAAUAUAUCAUCAAUGUAUAUCAAGAGACUCAAAACUCAUUAGCAGUGUAACAAAGAAUCACCAAAUUAUCAGCU